AUGUUUGAUUUGCUUUUCUUAAAGUUGGGUUUCNUGACUCUGGCGCGUCAUGUGAUCGACCAAGCAAUCUGGGAAAUUUUGAAGAAGAAGAGUGUCCAGUGUGAAUCCAAGAAAUCAAGUAUAAAGUUGUUUGCUUAUGGGCAGAAAGACCCUAUUGAGUUUUUCCUCGGGAAAAAAGGAAAAAAGUCUGAGAUUGUAUGCGAGAUUAGGGGCAUCAGUUGUGUCGAUGAAUUCACAGUGGUUAAAGGUCCACGAAGAUUACUACUCGGAAAGAACACUGCUGAGAAGUUGGGCGUACAAAGGGUCGGUCCAGAUGUGUGUUCAUUAACUACUGAAGGAAGUGAUGCCGACAUCCGUGAGAAGUGCAGAGAGGUUUUUACAGGGGUCGGGAAACUGAAGGAUUUCCAGCAGAAAUUAUGCAUAAAAAACGAUGUCAGGCCUGUUGCACAACCCGUCAGGAGACUACCAUUUGGGUUAAGAGCCAAGGUUGACGAGAAGUUGGAUGAGCUGUUAGCAAAAGAUAUCAUCGAGGAGGUGUCACACAACCCAACUUAG